CGAGGGUAUGUCUUUUUUUUGACAUAACUGUGGUGUUCUGUCAAAUUCUUCACCAAUUUACCGCUUUUCUUUGUGUGUUUUCAGCUCUGAAAUAAACAAAUUACAGCCCUGCUUACACGAGUUUUUUUUUCACUUAUUGGAUAUCCGUAAUCGGCCGAGUUAAUUACUAGCUGUCUGCACGAUGUCUGGUAUUUCCGGCGCCCGUUUGGCUGAGGAACGAAAGGCUUGGAGGAAGGAGCAUCCAUUUGGCUUCGUUGCACGACCCAGCAAGAAUCAGGAUGGUUCCCUGAACCUGAUGAAUUGGAUCUGCUGCAUUCCCGGCAAGAAGAGCACCCCGUGGGAAGGAGGCCACUACAAACUUCGUAUGAUCUUCAAAGACGAUUACCCGAGCAGCCCGCCCAAGUGCAAAUUCGAGCCGCCACUUUUCCAUCCGAACGUCUAUCCCUCGGGCACUGUUUGCUUAUCGCUACUUGACGAAGAGAAAGAUUGGAGACCAGCCAUAACAAUAAAGCAAAUUUUACUUGGAAUACAGAAUUUAUUGAAUGAACCUAAUGUUAAAGAUCCAGCACAAGCAGAAGCUUACACAAUUUAUUGCCAGAACCGUUUGGAGUAUGAGAAGAGGGUGAGAGCACAGGCAAGAGCCAUGAACCAACAAGAACUCGAAUGUUAAGAGUACUGAUACUUAUUUAUGAUACAUACAUAUAAAUAUAUUAUAAGAUGUUUCCAUUAUUGUGCUAUUAUCAUUUCUUGAUUUAUUAUUUUUUGUAAUUACUAUAAUCCAAUUAAUUGAGUAUUGUGUAUGCAGGAGUCAAUAAAUUUAUUUUUUUUA